CUGGGUAUCAAGAAACAUGUCUAGAGAGCGUUAAUGAGAAGUGGAGGAGGAUAUUCGUCUUUAGGUUAAAGAAAAGAAACACUUAGGUACCUCCAAACAAAGAGACGGGCAAGUUACACUCACCAACCGCCUAGUGAAGGGCAUUGGCGCCCCUGGAUUUCACGGGCGGAACUUCAAUUUUAUGGUCACUGUCGUCGUCCGUAUAAAUUGUCUGCUUUCGUUCUCAAUAUCUCACUAUGUGGAGUUGCUUUUCUCUGUGUUUCUCGGACCUGCAGAUUGUCUCAUUACUCUCUCUCAUUGUCUUCCAAUACUUCACACCAAUUUCCUCGUCUACAUUCGGCUUAAUUUAUCACCUUGGAAAGCGAAGUCCAUGUCUCAACAAGACCAGGAGCAACAGAAAGAUCCCCAUAUGUGCAAACAAGAAGUUCAAUUGUCAUCACAAUCGGAACAGAAGCAAGAAGACCAGCCACAUAAGAUACAGUGUGAAGCUGAUGUUAUUAAGUCAAGUAUGGGAGUAAUUUCAACAGCCAAUUCUCAAAAUGUUUUCUGUGAAGAUAUUCAACUUGUGCAGAAUUUGAUAGAAAGGUGCCUACGGUUAUAUAUGAACCAGGGUGAAGUAAUAAAAACUUUAUUGAAUCAAGCAAAAAUAGAACCGGGAUUUACAAGUCUUGUGUGGGAGAAAUUAGAAGAACAAAAUCGUGACUUUUUUAAAGCUUAUUACACAAGGCUGAAGCUAAAGAAACAGAUAACACUAUUCAAUCAUUUGCUAGAACGGCAGCACCAGCUUAUGAGAAUACUGGGGAUAACAACUGCUCCAUUGAGUUCAAUGCAAAAUGGCAUGCAUCCUCCAUCUCUUCAACAUCUACCAAUCGGGUACCCGGUCUUGCAACAGUCCCUACUUCCAGUGGCGGGACAUCCUCAUAUAAUUCCCAUUGCAAGUGGAGCAUGUACUCCUGUAGUAAAAGGACAUCCUGCUCAAGGCAAUUUUCAGUCAUUUCUCAAGAGCCCCACAACAGAUAACAUGGGAGAGAGUUCCAUGGAAGUAUCUUGUGCUAUGCACUCACCUUGCAGUGGUGUAUCAUCUAUGACUGACAUACCACUAAGCCCAGCUUCAGCCAUGUCAAGUGGACCUUUUCCCUUCAAACCAACGGAUAUGUCAAGCGUUGAUAUGAAUCUCAUGCCCCUUGAUGUUACAUUCAUGUCUGGAGAUAUAGGGAUUCCAAAUGGAGCAGGUACAUUACAAGGUGCUUCAGAAGCUGGAGGUACCAGACUAAGGGACUCGCUCAGAGUGCUUGGGCACUUGCCUUGGAAUUUCAGCCUUUCAGAUCUUACAGCAGAUCUUGCAAAUGGAGGAGAUCUUGGUUCUUUAGGAAGCUAUUCUGGAUCACCAUUUUUACAACCAGAUACAGAGGUCUUCCUGGACUCUCCAGACAUUGAUGAAAUAGAUGAGGAUUUUUUUCUUGAUUCCAUUACAGAACCUUGCUCUCAAUCGGAUGAAGAUAAGGCAGAAUAAUGUGUUAUUCUGAUAAUAGAUAUCGUGUAUUUGUUUCAAUUUAGGAAGGUGUAUUUUCAUUGCAGCCUCAUUACAUACUUGAUUAAAACAACCAACUCCAGUAGGUUAAAGGAUUUUGUAAAUAAAUUCUGCUGCAGAUCUCUUUAGAAGGCAAUUAAAAAUGUUAAAUAUUUUGAUCCAUCAAAAUUUAAACUUAUAGUUCAACUUAAGAUUGCAUGCCUGGCUAUCUUUUAUGUUUUUUUGCUCCCUUGUUUGUUCAUAUCAAUUUUGUAAGUUAGUUGACUUAUUUUAUAACUAUGAUUCCAUGUGCAAACGAAGAGCCUUAUCAAUCUGUAUGUCUUCCAGUAUCUUAUUGAAACAUUCAAAGUAUUCCCAAGUGAUACUGGAGGCAACUUUUUGCCAAAUACAAUAUUUCAUUUUCAAAUUGGAGGUGUUUUUGGCAAUGUGUCAAAUUAUAUGAUGCUUUAUCAAGAUUUAA